AUGGUAAAUUGCGACACACCAAUGCAAGUAAUUGACAAAUUGGAUAAAUUGUACUUGUGUAAAUCUGAGUCUAAACAGCUAUUAAUUGAAAAACAGUUAAGCGGUCUGAAAUAUGCAGAUGGUGAAGAUCCUGAACAGUUCUUUGAAAAAUAUGAAAGAAAAGUCAUUGAAUUGCAUCAUGCUGGUGGUGAUACCAGUAGAAGAAGGAAAUUAAGAUAUUUAAUUAUGUGUUUACCUGGUAGUUGUCAUAUUAUUGAAACUAUUGAUAUAUUACCAGAAAAAGAGAGAACUGUUGAUUAUGUCCGUCAGAAAUUGAUAGAAAGAAUAUAG